AUGGAUAAGACCCUGGAGGCAGUCCGAGCCCUGAUGGCGGGGCUGAAGGCGCCGCAGCACUACGACAAGGUGUACAAGGACGAGUGCGCCUUCACCUUCGACACGCCCUUCAGCGACGGGGGCCUGGCCGUCAACCUCAGGUCGUGGCAGGGCUUCGGCGCCGACGCGGUCGGGCUGGACGUGGAGCGCUCCGGCGGCAAGGGCGGCCUGUACGUGGUGCUGAAGCACCGGCGGGUGGAGAAGCAGAAGCCGGCGCAGUCCGAGCAGGAGGAGCCGACGAAGCUAGCGAUCGGCGUCUCCGGCGGCUUCCUGGAGGACAGGUGGGACGUGGUGAAGGAGCAGUCGCUGCUCGUCGUCGAGCCGUCGGGCACCAGGGCGACCGUGCCCCUGCCCUGCCCGGACCUGCCGAUGAUCGUGUCCGACGUGUGCGACGCCGUUGUCGCGCACCAGGGCGCGAGUUCCAUGGACGCCACCAGCAGGUGGGAGGCCGACACGGAUCUCAAAGAGUCCAAGUAUUCCAAAACAAUAGUGCAGUUGCCCGCGACCAAGAAAAUCAGCCCACACCCGAAGGACUGGGUCUGCGAGAAGAGCGGGGCCACGGAGAACUUGUGGCUCAACCUCUCCGACGGCCACAUAGGCGGCGGCCGGCGCUUCUUCGACGGGACCGGCGGGAGCAACGGAGCUCUCGACCACUUCAAUGAGGAGAAGGAGAAGGGCAAUUUCUUCCCUCUGGUGGUCAAGCUCGGGACCAUCACCCCUCAGGGCGCUGACGUCUACUCGUACGCGCCCGACGAGGACGACAUGGUCAAGGACUCCCUCCUCGCGACGCACCUGGAGCACUGGGGAAUCGACGUGAUGAAGAUGGAGAAGACCGACAAGACGCUCGCGGAGAUGGAGGUCGACCUGAACCAGAAUCACGACUGGAGCAAGAUCUGCGAGUCCGGCGACAAGCCCCUGGUUCGCGUCAGAGGCCCCGGCCUCGUGGGCCUGAAGAACCUGGGCAACUCCUGCUACAUGAACUCCACGAUGCAGCUGCUGCUGGGGCUCCCGGAGAGCAAGGCCCGGUACUUCGACGCGGAGCUGGCGAUCCGCAGGUCGGCACCCGCGGAGGCCCCCACCGACCUCGUCACGCAGGUCGCGAAGCUGACGAACGGCCUGCUCGGAAGCAGGUACGCCCCCCCGUGGAAGGACGGCGACGACGAGGACGACCCGCGGUUCCUCGUCGCGCCCCAGAUGUUCCGGUCGCUGAUCGGCAGGAACCACCCGGAGUUCUCCUCGGGCCGGCAGCAGGACGCCGCGGAGUUCCUGCAGUACUACCUCGAGCAGCUCUCCCGCGCGGAGCGCACCGCGCUCGGCGGCCGGCUAGAGGCGGGCGGCCCCUUCGCGGGCCUCUUCGAGUUCGCGGUCGAGGAGCGCCUGCAGGAGUCCGCCGGCUCUGGGAGGGUGAAGUACACCAGGACGUCCCAGAACAUGCUCGGGCUGCCCGUGAAGCUCGAGGACGCGGACAACCUCCCCGAGGUCCUGGCACACAAGGCGGCCGCGGACGAGUCGGGAGAGAAGGACGCCAAGAUCCCGAAGACCGGGAGCGACGCCGAGGGGCCGAAGCCCCUCAUCAGCCUCAAGUCCUGCCUCGCCCGCUUCGCGGCUCUGGAGGAGGGCAUCUCCUUCCGGGGGUCCACCGCCACGAAGACGUCGCGCCUCGCGACGAUGCCGCGGUAUCUGCUGGUGUCGCUGCAGCGGUACUUCUUGGACGAGAAGUGGUGUCCGAGCAAAUUGGACUGCAGGGUGCCGAUGCCGGACAAGUUCAGCCUGGAGGAGCUCCGCGGCCGGGGGUUACAGCCCGGGGAGGUGGAGCUCCCGGCCGACGAGGGCGGGCCUGGCGGUGCCCCCGCGGGGCCGCAGCCGGACGCGACCGUUGUGGCUGCGUGCAUCUCGAUGGGCAUCCCGGAGAACGCCGCGAAGCGCGCCGCCGUGGUCACACAGAACGCGGGCCCCGAGGUUGCCGUCUCCUGGUACUUCGAGCACCAGGAGGACCCAGACGUCAACAGCCCGCUGCCCGAGGGCGGGGCCGGCGGCCCGGGCGGCGGCGGCGGCGCGGCGCCCGAUCCGGAGGCGGUGGCGAUGCUGUCGUCGAUGGGCUUCUCGGAGGCGCACGCGGCCGCGGCGCUGAAGUCGUGCGGCGGCAGCGUCGAGCGGGCACAGGCGCUCGAGGACUUGAAGGACGGGGCUGGGGAUUACGAGCUGGUGGGCUUCAUCUCGCACAUAGGGCGGAACACCUCCCACGGGCACUACGUCUGCCACGCCAAGCGGGACGAGGGCGGCGGUUGGGUCAUCUUCGACGACCAGAAGGUGGCCAAGUCCGAGGCCCCCCCGCUGGACCUCGGAUACGUCUACCUGUACCGCAGGACGACAAGGCGUGCGCCUGAGCUGCGGCGCCCCGACGUGCCCUGCGUCUUCGACCACGUGCGAGCCCCGCUCCUGCGGGUCGGCUCGGCGCUGGGGCCGGCCGCUUCCGCGGGGAGCUCGCUUGGCUGCAGGCAGCCUUCCUGGAUGUCCGCCGGCAUGAUUUUCUCUCUAUGCGCGGCCCUUGUGGUCUCGACCGCUUCCCUGGGGGGGGGUUCGUCCCGGAUCCCUGUUCGACAAAGGCCCCUCCCGCUCCUUGUUCUGCAUUCCUGCCGGUAGCGCGACGACUGUGAGUCUCACACGUGGUCGCCCACUCCUGUAGGCUGUUAGGAUGUGGGCGGGCGGCCCACUCCUGUAGGCUGUUAGGAUGUGGGCGGGCGGUUGGCGACCGCGCGCGCGCGAGCCCUCCGCGCAUCCGGCCCUCGCCCCUCGCGCGCACGCGCUGGCCCGGUGACGAACGUGUUCUGUGGCGGCUGGUGGCAGAGGAUUAGAGAGGCGGGAGUUAAGUGGAUGGAGAACUGCUGAUGCGGGCGCUGCCGUGCCAGGUGGACGCAUUGAUCCCAGAGACGUAAGGCGAAGCAUUCAGCGCGCUCCUGUCGGUUGCCGAGAGCGUAUGCGCAG